AUGCCUUCCACUCCUGAACCUGCCUCUCCGCAAUCAACAAAUUCAAAACGUCUAGAUCGUGAUGAUCGUAUCCGUGUUCUUACUCUUCGUGAUGCUGGUUUUACCUAUCAACAAAUAGUUGAUCAGCUGCAGAUUAGCUAUCGCCAAGUUCAAUAUACGUGUCAAAAUCAACAAGCUACACCUCGAAAAGCAAAAGGCAAUACAUCAAAGCUCUCAGAUGAAGAAGUUGAUCAUAUUAUACAAUGGAUAUCGAGUUCAAAGCCACUUCGAAAGCCACCUCUUACCUCAGCAAAUAAACAAGCAAGGUUAGCCUGGGCUUUUGAACAUCUAUACUGGACCCGGGAUCAAUGGAAUCGAAUACUCUGGACUGAUGAGACCUGGGUAACUUCAGGCUUUCAUAAACAGAUAUACGUGACUCGCAAGGCUGGUGAAGAGCUUGAUAAGACCUGUCUCCGUACAAAUCCACCACGUAAACGUGGUUGGAUGUUUUGGGCAUCUUUCUACAACAAUUUUAAAGGGCCAUGUCUCUUUUGGGAGAAAGAAUGGGGGACUAUCAACGCUGAAGGUUAUAUUGACCGCAUCGUUCCUAUUAUUGAUGGUUAUGUACGCUUGGUUGAACGCAAUGAACAUCAACGACUUCAGAUAAUGCAAGAUAAUGCUCCUGGUCAUGCAAGUAAGACCACUAUUCAAGAGUUUAAUGAGCGUGGGAUCUUUCCAAUUAUUUGGCCAGCUUUCUCACCAGAUCUUAACCCAAUUGAAGCCGUUUGGAACUGGAUGAAAGACUGGAUUGAGCGUUAUUUCCCCCAGGAUGAGCAGUUAUCAUAUGAUCAACUACGUGAGGUUGUACGAGCUGCGUGGGAUGCUUUACCAGAGGCAUUCUUGGAUGGUUUAAUUAAUAGCAUGCCUGCAAGAUGCCAGGCAGUGAUCAACGCGGAAGGUGGCCAUACAAAGUAUUAA